CUAGUCAAUACAGCCACACCCACCAACUGACCCAUUCCUAUCUCGGCGCGGGCACAAGUGCACGCGGCCAAUGUCUUCUUCGGCCAAGCCGAAGGUGCCCUCCUCUCUAAAUGGUGGGCAGAUCCAGGUGCAAAAGAAGCUUGGCGCCGGCUGUUUCGGAGAGGUGUACAAGGGCUUGAACACCGCCACCAAGGAAGAAGCUGCCAUCAAGUUUGAGGCGGUCCACAAUGCAUCACCUCAAUUGCGGCAUGAGGCGGAGAUGUUGGCCAUGUUUAGCACCUCGGGCCCGCAGGGCUUUGCCAAGUUCUUCCACUUCGCCCAAGAGGGCAGCUUCAAUUGUCUCGCGAUGGAAUUUCUCGGCAAAAGCCUGGAAGACCAUGUCCAAAUGUGCGGAGGCAAAUUCAAGCCAAAGACAGCCUGUUUGGUCGCUCAGCAGAUCUUGAUCCGCAUCGAGUACUUGCAUUCUCGAGGAAUUGUUCAUCGAGAUAUCAAGCCGGAGAACUUCAUGUGGGGUGUGGGCACGAAGUUGCAUCACCUUUAUAUCAUUGACUUUGGGCUUAGCAAGAGGUUUUGGGACAAACGCCAUGUGCAGAGCGCACAAAAGCUGAGCCUCACUGGCACGGCAAGGUAUGCCUCCUUGAAUGCUCAUCGAGGAUUCGAGCAGAGCAGGAGGGAUGACUUAGAGGCCAUCGGGCACAUGCUCAUGUACUUCCUCCGCUCUUCACUUCCCUGGUCGGGGCUGGAUGCCAGGACGAAGAAGGAGAAAUACCAAAAGAUAAAGGAGAAGAAGGAGUCUACGAAGUUGUCAGAGUUGUGCGAAGGACACCCGAAAGCCUUUGAGAAGUACCUGGACUACGCCAGAAAUCUGGGCUUCAAGGACCGUCCUGACUACGUCAUGCUGCGGCAGCUCUUCUCUGAAUUGAGAGAACAGAUCCAGGUUGAUGAGGGAACGCCAAUCCAGGAUUGGGACUUCGAAUGGCUGGAGGGCAAAGAUGUAGGGCAGCUAGAUCCACUGCUACCCUACACAGAUAUAAAGCAGCCUGACGACGAGCAGGAUCCACCAGAACGACCCCGCAGCCUGUGCUGCUUUUGUGGCGGCUCAAGUGUCCGGAACUAAUAUCAGCGUGGGGGUGCCUCCAAUCCGUUCCGGAUCCACCGAACGGCGGAUUCACCUCGGGUGAAGGCCUGUUUUGCCCCGGCUUUGCCGGAUGACUAUUUUUUGCCCAGGACCAAGCACCAGUGUUUCUCAGUGGUUCUUUGUGUAAUUCGCGGCAUCAGACUGGAGGCCCAGCUCAUUUGCUGAAGAUUGAACCCAGAGAAAUACUUUAUGUUUGCCGAAUCGCCAAACCUGAGAUGCUCCAGAAUGUACAUAUUCUGUCUAUCUCUUUUCCAGCUUCUUAAUAUUCAAGCGGUUGCGCUGCCCACUCACAUUUGCAAGCAGACAAGAAGGUUCUGAACAUAAAGUGCAGGCGGCAGCGUACAUGGCCCAAAUAUUGCAAACUUCCUCAUAGGGAGGCCACAACCAUGUUCUUAGAGUCUUUGCGGCACCGUAGACAUCGAUGACUGGGCCACUCUGUUGUCCGUGGAGCCGGGGCUGAAGAGGGGCCCUGGCUGGUGAAGAGAUCAUUCCAUGGACCUUGACCUCUGGUCCUCAGAAUCUUUGAGU